AUUGAUUUAUAUACAUAUUACCCAUAUGCUGAAAAUUAUUGUAAUUCUGUAUUUCCAAUAUUAAUAAAUCUUACAAAAGAUGAAGCCGGAGAUUUUACAAUUGGAGGGCAUGGUCAUUCAUCGUUAAGAUUGAAAUAUUUUUCAUUUAGUAUGAAUUAUGAUCAAACUGUUUUAGCUCUUGCCAUCCCUAGUGCAAAACCAUAUACACCACUGGAAAAAUUAUAUUUGCCAUUUAAAUAUAAACUAUGGGGAAUGAUAAUUGGAAUAUUGUGUGCCAGUUUCAUUUUAUUUACAUUACGUAAUAUUUGGAAAAAAUAUUUUUAUAAAAAAAAAUUUCAACCGAAAUCCCAAUCACCAUAUUUUAAUAUGAUACGUUUAUUUUUUGGUAAUUCUAUGACAAAAUUACCAAAAUCAAAUUUUUCAAGGUCAAUCAUUAUAAUAUGGAUAUUUGGAUCAUUAAUAAUUGAUAGUGCAUAUCAAGGAGCAUUAUUUCAUUUUUUGAAAGGA